GAGCAAGAAUGUGAGUCGCCUGGUGGGCUGGGUGUGGGGUUGCUAGAGAAGAGCGGCCAGUUGGCCCCCGACCCCCACGAGCUCCUUCCCUCCUCUUCCCAUACGCAUACAGUCUUCUCCGCUCGUAAUGUUGAGCCUGAUGAUCUCUCCCCUGAAGCAACGCUCCAAGACCUCUCAAAAUUUAUCACCAAAGAUGGAGACUACCCUGUUGCUCGUGGCGGGUUCGGGGAGAUCUGGAAAUGCACCUAUCACAUCGAUCGUAGCCCGGUUAAAGUCGCAGUGAAAGCAUUGCAGGUAUACGCUGAUGAUCAACUUGGUGCAGCGAAGACGAAAAAGACUAGGGAUAAAGCGUGAAAUCAGAAUAUGCGCCAACCUCAAGCAUCCAAAUAUUCUUCCCGUGUAUGGUUUUACGUCUGGCUUUGGCCCAUUUAUAGCGAUAGUUAGUCCUUGGGCGGAGAAUGGAAACCUGACGGCCUAUUUGGAGCGUGAACACGCCACUCUUACACUCCUUAGACGAUUUGAGAUUCUCAAGGAUAUCAUAGCCGGUCUGCAAUAUCUUCACGCCAACAGUGUCAUCCAUGGUGACUUCAAUGGGCCUAAUGUGCUCAUCCAUGGUGAUGGCACCGCGUGUGUUGCAGACUUCGGCCUUUCCUUGAUGUAUUCCGAGGUUAUAAGCGCCUCUCAGGCUUCAUGGACUUCCACGCUCAAAGGAAACAUGCGAUGGAUGGCUCCUGAGCUGCUUGUAGAGCAAGAUGAUGGAUCUCAAGUGCGGCCAAGCGAGCAGAGCGACAUAUAUUCAUUCGGCGGUAUCAUGCUGCAGGUCCUCACCAACAAAGUACCCUAUUAUCACCUCACGAAUGAUGCCGCCAUCGUACUUUGCAUAGCCAAGUCACAAACGCCCUCCCGUUCUCGUUAUCCUGAGCUCCCUGAACAAUAUUGGCAAUUUAUCGAGCAAUGUUGGUCUACUGAUCCUCGGGACCGUCCAUCGACGGAGGGAGCUGAUGUGACAAUCAGGAAUGAUUUUUACUCGUUAUCCAGACCUCGUUGAUUCUUGUAUUGUCUUGCAUUCACGAAUUUGUUUACAGUACAGC